UCAAUUUUAAAAUCUUGAUUUAUCUUCUAAAUUAUUAAUUAAUAAAUUAAUUUCAAAUUUAUCAAUCAAAUUAGUAGUGCUAAUAAUUAGAUAUCGAUUCACACAACACAACAAGAAAUAUCCUCUGAUUGCUUCAUUUCCAAAACAACACAAACACUCCAUAACAUAAAUAAAUACCCCUCCUCCUCCUCCUCCUCCUCCUCCUCCUCUAAGAAGAGACACCACCGUUUUUAGAGAGAGAAAGAGAAAGUUGGGGAAAAUGGCAAGCGGUGGUUAUGGUGAUGCGAACCAGAAGAUCGACUACGUUUUCAAGGUGGUGCUGAUCGGCGAUUCCGCCGUCGGCAAGUCUCAGAUUCUUGCUCGGUUCGCUCGGAACGAGUUCAGUUUGGACUCCAAGGCUACUAUUGGUGUUGAGUUCCAGACUCGAACCCUAGUCAUCGAGCACAAGUCCGUCAAAGCUCAGAUCUGGGACACUGCUGGCCAAGAACGAUAUAGGGCGGUUACUAGUGCAUAUUACAGAGGUGCUGUUGGGGCUAUGUUGGUUUACGACAUAACCAAACGCCAGACCUUUGAUCACAUACCCCGUUGGCUAGAAGAGUUGCGUGCCCAUGCUGACAAGAACAUCGUCAUCAUACUGAUUGGAAACAAAACUGAUCUUGAAGACCAACGAGCAGUCCCCACCGAGGAUGCCAAGGAAUUUGCGGAGAAGGAAGGGUUGUUCUUCUUGGAGACCUGGAAAGCUACCAGCGAAGACUGAUAACCACAAAAACUCAACGCUUGUCCACCAACGAGCUGAACCAGUGGAUGGAAAACGCACGACCGAAGCAGACAAUACCUACGAUGGUUUAGUGGCAGCGGAAUCAAGGUAUGUGUAGAGGUCCGGCGGGCAGCGAAGGCAAAGUUGCCGGCCGGCUGCCCGCCGGUGAGAAGGAAAUACAGGCCUAAAUCUUAUAGCUC